UAACGUCUACGGAGGAGGCUGUCUUUAUAUACCGGGGACACCCCCUCUGCAGCACCACUUCUGCGGAAAAGCUGCACUCAGGAGGAGCAGACACAUUCCAGCUCGUGUUUCUACUUGCUUAACUGAAGUCUAAAGAUGUCCACAAAGGAGAAGCUGAUCGGCCAUGUGAUGAAGGAGGAGCCUGUUGGCAGCAGGAACAAGGUGACGGUGGUGGGUGUCGGCAUGGUUGGCAUGGCCUCUGCCAUCAGCAUCCUGCUCAAGGACUUGUGUGAUGAGCUGGCUCUGGUUGAUGUAAUGGAGGACAAGUUGAAGGGUGAGGUAAUGGACCUUCAGCAUGGAUCCCUCUUCCUCAAGACACACAAGAUUGUGGCAGACAAAGACUACAGUGUGACAGCCAACUCCAAAGUGGUGGUGGUGACAGCCGGUGCCCGCCAGCAGGAGGGCGAGAGCCGUCUGAACCUGGUCCAGCGCAACGUCAACAUCUUCAAGUUCAUCAUCCCAAACAUCGUCAAGUACAGCCCCAACUGCAUCCUGAUGGUAGUCUCUAACCCAGUGGACAUCCUGACCUAUGUGGCAUGGAAGCUGAGUGGUUUCCCCCGCCACCGCGUCAUUGGAUCCGGCACCAACCUGGACUCUGCCCGUUUCCGCCACCUCAUGGGAGAGAAGCUCCACCUCCACCCUUCCAGCUGUCACGCCUGGAUCGUCGGAGAGCACGGAGACUCCAGUGUGCCUGUGUGGAGCGGUGUGAAUGUUGCUGGAGUUUCCCUGCAAGGCCUCAACCCAAAGAUGGGGGGUGAGGGUGACACUGAGAACUGGAAGAGUGUUCAUAAGAUGGUGGUUGAUGGAGCCUAUGAGGUCAUCAAGCUGAAGGGCUACACUUCCUGGGCCAUUGGUAUGUCUGUGGCUGACCUGGUGGAAAGCAUCGUGAAGAACCUGCACAAAGUGCACCCUGUGUCCACACUGGUCCAGGGCAUGCAUGGAGUGAAGGAUGAGGUCUUCCUGAGCAUCCCCUGUGUCCUGGGCAACAGCGGCCUGACAGAUGUGAUUCACAUGACGCUGAAGGCUGAUGAGGAGCAGCAGCUGGUGAAGAGCGCUGAGACCCUGUGGGGCGUACAGAAGGAGCUCACCCUGUGAAGAGCCCUCCUCUGAAUUCUCCACUCUGAAACUACACUCAACACAGUGUGGUUGACUCCCUCCUACCGUACCUCCUUUGCCCCUCACAGCAACAGGCUAAUGAAACCUCUGAGUAUCUAAAAAGGCCACGUGUUUGUAGCUAAACCAGUGGAAGCUAGAUUUUACCUUCCGAUAUUCAAGCAUGGAUGUCAUUUUCCUUUGCUGCCUCCCUCCCGUCCUCCUUACCUCCAUGACUGAAUUUUGGGAAACCCGACUCAUACCUUUUAGCCUUUUAGCUCAGCCUGUGCUGGAGCCAGGGCUUGUCUAUUUGUUGUCCUGUCUACAAGAAAAGUAAGGCCUUUGGAUAUUGAACGUAUGCAUCUAUGUACUGUAUGUUACUGAGCACUGUUGCUUCUUCUUCUGUACACUCCUUGUCUGUAGUCCGUAUUUAUUCUGUGUAUUCUGUGAUUGUCGCCAGCUGUUUUUUUUCCACUUGGAUAUCUCUGUUUAUUUUUAUCUGGAGUAUAAUGGAGACAUUCCAUUCCCUAUGAGGAGGGCUUCCUAUGCAUCUACAGUCAUAACAACACUGCCGCAUAUAUCACUGGGCCUCAAUCCUGUGAUACCAAAGUACCUUAUCAUAAGAGAAAAGCAAUGCUACAUUUACUGGUGGGCAUUGAAGCCUUUUUUUUAAACAUACUAACCACAAGUGCACUGACAAAAGUAAUUAAUAGUUUAGAGAAGAUUUAAAGAACUGGCAAGAAGCAACACAGGUUACAUCCAAAAGGAAUAAAAGGAAUAUAAUUUAAGUCAGCAAAGUGAUAACAGAGAACCAAUGGGAAAGAGUAAGCUACAAUCAUGAACUAGGGUCAGGUUAUGAAUCAUAACAGAAGGUAGAAGGUGUUUCUUUGUACACCCUAAAUACCCUCAAAGGGUUUUGUAUUUAUUUUUCCUCCAACUGAAAAAAAGGACAUCAAGAGAAAAAUAAUAGUAUUAUUUAUAACUGUUAAUACUGUUUAGAUCUAUUUAUGUAUCAAUGUUACAACCUAACACAUGGUCUAUUAAUCACCUGACUCAGUGAGGAACUGUACCUGUCAUGGCAGCUGGAUGUUUAUAUUUCAUUUGCUGUAACAUCAAAUAAAUCUGCCAGGAUCAUGA